AUGAAUAUAAAGGAAUUAAUAAUAAAUAAACUUGAAGUGUGGCAACCGCCGCCUCCUGAAGUAGUGAGCAGAAGCAAUCGAGAUGUAACCCUGACGUUCUCGGCUGGACCAUUCAGCUUCCUCGGAGAUCAACUAAUGUAUAAAGUGGAGAAGAAAGAAAAAAUACCACCAUGGACAGUGGUUUAUAGCGGAGGAAAAACGAUGAAAACAUUAGAAAAUCUGGCGCCAAGUCAUCCGCACAGGUUCAGGAUGAAAGUAAUAAUCAAAUCAACAUCACAUCUCGCGUCUCUCAGAGACGACGACGCGCGAGCGAUUUGCGAGGAACUGAGUGCGAUUGAUGAAUCGGAAGAUUGGAAACAAAGUAAAGAAAGUAAUUCAAGUGAAGACAACAAAGCGAGUUCCGUUUCAUACACAAUGAGCUGUGGAAAAACGCUUUUGUCUUACCAAACGGUUGAAGGUCUUGAAAAAAGGUGUAAAUGGGCGGAGUCCCGGUGGUCGGACGAGAUCUGGACCAGCACAGACUCGGAUGGUACUUCUGCAAUCUGCUUUUGUAUGGCAGUGCGAUGUGGUUACUUAAAACAGGUGCAGCAAAUGCUUGACGAGCGCCCGUCGCUGAUCUCUGUCGUCAACGCUACCAACGGGUUCACUCCGCUCGCCACCGCCGUGAAGAAAGGUGAUCUGAACAUGGUCCGUUUUCUUCUAACGUCCAACGCGGAGUUAGACCAAUGCUCCACGGCUGGGCAGACUCCCUUGCAUCUGGCAAUUCUCGCUGGUCACAUCAGCAUCGCUGAACUUUUGCUUGAAAAAGGCGCUGAUUUUCAAGCCCGUGAUUUCAAUAAGCUGCGAGUAGAGCACUACGCAGUAGACUCUUGUAGUUUGGGAGCAGUGAAGUUCGUGCUGGCGGCGGGCGGCGACGUGGGCGCACGCGACGGGAACGGAUGGACCCCGCUGUUUAGGGCAGUCUGCCAAGGUGCUAAAACUGAAAUAAUAGAAGAGCUGGUCCGGCGCGGGAGUGAUGUGGAGAUUGUAGACAAUAGACAAUUGUCGCUGGCGGCCGCCGCGCGCCUUCUCAAAGACCGACGUGGUCGUCGACGAGAGUCUGUGUUGCGGCUCGUAGAUUCCCAAUUCCAACACGAGAAGGUGGUCGCCAACUUCACCCGUCUUACCAAAAAGAUUUCAAGUGUUCAUACCUUACUGAGUGUUAAA